GGCAGCCGCUCCUGUCAGCGGGUGAAAUGGCAGCGGCAGAACCGGCGGCGGCCGCGGUCCCGGGGGGCGGCUGAGGGGGCCGGGCCGGGGCUGCGGGGCGAGCAGCGCGGCGGGGAUCCAGCGGCGCGGCCCGGGACAGUGAGGCUCAGCACGGCGAUGGCGGCGCGCUCGGCGCAGACAGAGCUGUGACCUGGCCCUGCUCGCAGCUGUUGAGCCUGCCCACCAUGGCGAGCCCCACUCUGAGCCCCGACUCCUCAUCCCAGGAGGCCCUGUCGGCCCCCACCUGCUCCCCCACCUCUGACUCCGAGAACCUCAGCCCCGAUGAGCUGGAGCUGCUGGCCAAGCUUGAAGAGCAGAACCGGCUUCUGGAAGCCGACUCCAAGUCCAUGCGCUCCAUGAACGGCUCCCGGCGGAACAGCGGCUCCUCGCUGGUGUCCAGCUCCUCGGCCUCCUCCAACCUGAGCCACCUGGAGGAGGACACGUGGAUCCUGUGGGGCCGGAUCGCCAACGAGUGGGAGGAGUGGCGGCGCAGGAAAGAGAAGCUGCUGAAGGAGCUGAUCCGCAAGGGCAUCCCACACCACUUCCGGGCCAUCGUGUGGCAGCUCCUAUGCAGUGCCACAGACAUGCCGGUCAAGAACCAGUACUCGGAGCUACUCAAGAUGUCCUCGCCCUGUGAGAAGCUGAUCCGCAGGGACAUUGCCCGCACCUACCCAGAGCACGAGUUCUUCAAGGGCCAGGACAGCCUGGGCCAGGAGGUCCUCUUCAACGUCAUGAAGGCUUACUCCCUGGUGGACAGGGAGGUGGGCUACUGCCAGGGCAGCGCCUUCAUCGUGGGCCUGCUCCUCAUGCAGAUGCCUGAGGAGGAAGCCUUCUGUGUAUUCGUGCGGCUGAUGCAGGAGUACCGCCUGAGGGAGCUCUUCAAGCCCAGCAUGGCGGAGCUGGGGCUCUGCAUCUACCAGUUCGAGUACAUGCUACAGGAGCAGCUCCCAGAUCUGAACACCCACUUCCGCUCCCAGAGCUUUCACACGUCCAUGUAUGCCUCGUCCUGGUUUCUCACGCUCUUCCUGACCACUUUCCCGCUACCUGUUGCCACCCGUGUCUUCGACAUCUUCAUGUACGAGGGCCUGGAGAUUGUGUUCCGGGUGGGCCUUGCCCUGCUGCAGGUGAACCAGACAGAGCUGAUGCAGCUGGACAUGGAGGGGAUGUCCCAGUACUUCCAGAGGGUGAUCCCCCACCAGUUCGACAGCUGCCCAGACAAACUGAUCCUCAAGGCUUACCAGGUCAAGUACAACCCCAAGAAGAUGAAGAGGCUGGAGAAGGAGUAUGCAGCCAUGAAGAGCAAGGAGAUGGAGGAGCAGAUUGAGAUCAAAAGGCUUCGGACGGAGAACCGGCUCCUGAAACAACGGAUCGAGACCCUGGAGAAGGAGAGCGCUGCUCUGGCUGAUAGGUUAAUCCAGGGGCAGGUGACGCGGGCGCAGGAGGCCGAGGAGAACUAUGUCAUUAAGCGGGAGUUGGCUGUCGUGCGGCAGCAGUGCAGCUCAGCGGCCGAGGACCUGCAGAAGGCCCAGAGCACCAUCCGGCAGCUUCAGGAGCAGCAGGACAACCCGCGCCUCAGCGAGGACUUCGUGGCCCACCUGGAGACUGAGCUGGAACAGUCGAGGCUACGGGAAACCGAGACGCUGGGGGCUCUGCGGGAGAUGCAGGACAAGGUUCUAGACAUGGAGAAGAGGAACAGCUCGCUGCCCGACGAGAACAACGUGGCGCGGCUGCAGGAGGAGCUGAAGGCACUCAAGGUGCGGGAGGGCGAGGCCGUGGCCUCGGCGCGGGAGCUGAAGCUGCAGCUGCAGGAGCUCUCGGACACCUGGCAGGCCCACCUGUCCCGCGGCGGCCGCUGGAAGGAGUCCCCGCGGAAGCUGGUUCUGGGCGAGCUGCAGGACGAGCUGAUGAGCGUGCGUCUGCGCGAGGCCCAGGCUCUGGCCGAGGGUCGCGAGCUGCGGCAGCGCGUGGUGGAACUCGAGACGCAGGACCACAUCCACCGCAACCUGCUGAACCGCGUGGAGGCGGAACGCGCGGCGCUGCAGGAGAAGCUGCAGUACCUGGCGGCGCAGAACAAGGGGCUGCAGACGCAGCUCAGCGAAAGCCGCCGCAAGCAGGCCGAGGCCGAGUGCAAGAGCAAGGAGGAGGUGAUGGCCGUGCGCCUGCGGGAGGCGGACAGCAUGGCGGCAGUGGCCGAGAUGCGGCAGCGCAUCGCCGAGCUGGAGAUCCAGAGGGAGGAGGGCCGCAUCCAGGGCCAACUGAACCACUCGGACUCGUCUCAGUACAUCCGCGAGCUCAAGGACCAGAUCGAGGAGCUGAAGGCCGAGGUGCGGCUGCUGAAAGGCCCACCGCCCUUCGAGGACCCGCUGGCCUUCGACGGGUUGGGCCUGGCGCGGCACCUGGAUGAGGACUCGCUGCCGUCGUCGGACGAGGAGCUGCUCGGCGUGGGCGUGGGCGCGGCGCUGCAGGACGCGCUCUACCCACUGUCCCCGCGCGACGCGCGCUUCUUCCGCCGUCUGGAGCGGCCGGCCAAGGACAGCGAGGGCAGCUCAGACAGCGACGCCGACGAGCUGACCGCGCCCUAUAGCCAGGGCCUGGACAACUGA